GGGGGGGGGCGGGCCCCCAGGGCCUCCCACGGAGGAGGCCCGCGUCUGGGAGAACCACCUUUACUUCCCGGCCCCAGAAGCUCCCGUGGGCACGACCGUGACCCACGGGUUCCUGAGGACCCUCCUGUCCUGACAGAUCUUCACUCCGCGAGCCCGAGGGGCCUGACCAGCUGGUUGGACGCAGAAGCCGGUGCACCGAUCGCAUCCUCCUAGCGGCGGGGGCUAAACCCAGGAUCCUCGUUGGGUCCCACCCAAGCCUGCCCUUCUGCUUCAUUGCCCCCAGAGGGCACGGUCCCCAAACAGUGCACCUGCCGGCGGCCCCAACCCAGCGGGAGAAGUGGACAUGAGGUUGGCAGGCCCCCUCCGCAUUGUGGCCCUGGUUGUCACCGUGGGCCUUACCUGGAUCGUGGUCAGCAUCCUCCUGGGUGGGCCUGGCAGUGGCUUUCCUCGCAUCCAGCAACUCUUCACCAGCCCAGAGACCUCUGUGACUGCAGAGCCACGAGUCAGGAAGUACAAAUGUGGCCUGCCCCAGCCGUGUCCUGAGGAGCACCUGGCCUUCCGCAUGGUCAGUGGAGCUGCCAAUGUCAUCGGACCAAAGAUCUGCCUUGAAGAUAAGAUGCUCAUGAGCAGUGUCAAGGACAACGUGGGCCGUGGACUGAACAUCGCCCUGGUGAAUGGGGUCAGUGGCGAGCUCAUCGAGGCCCGGGCCUUCGACAUGUGGGCAGGAGAUGUGAACGACCUGCUGAAGUUUAUUCGGCCGCUGCAUGAAGGCACCCUGGUAUUCGUCGCAUCCUACGAUGACCCAGCCACCAAGAUGAAUGAAGAAACUAGGAAGCUUUUCAGCGAUCUGGGCAGCAAGAACGUGAAGGAUCUGGCCUUUCGGGACAGCUGGGUGUUUGUAGGGGCCAAAGGCGUGCAGAACAAGAGCCCCUUUGAGCAGCACGUGAAGAACAGUAAGCACACCAAUAAGUAUGAAGGCUGGCCUGAGGCGCUGGAGAUGGAAGGCUGCAUCCCGAGGAGGACCACGGCCAGCUAGCCGGCCAAGCGCAAGGACCAGGCUGAGGGAGACUGCGUGUGCCUCGCCGGGAGAAGGCAGUGGCGGCGCCAGUGCAGGGCUGAGGCCUGACCCCGCGCCCAGCUGGGAACGCUCUCUUGCCCCAACACAUCGGGGCUCCAAGGCAGUGACCGGGGACCAAGUGUAACUGGUGGUGGGGGCUGUAGGGGCCAGCCCGGCUCACUUUGACAGGGGAAGUCAGGUACCCAUCUCCUUUUUCUAAAGGUGCCUCCCCUGGGUAGCCCCAACCUGAUCCCUAAGCACCUGCAGCUACAAGGGCCCAGGGUGUGCCUGCCCCCUCGCUGCACAAAUGUGACAGCAGCCCUGCAGCAGAUGGGGGCAUCUUCUAGAAUCUCUCCAUCCCAGAGCCACUCGCUGCUCUUUGGGCUAUUCCUGUUUCCAGUGUGAUUCCUUCUGCCGAGCCACACCUGGUGGCCGCUUCAGGAACCUGGCUGCCUCCUGCCUUGCUGUCUGCAGGAAGGGGCCUCCUUGGAGCCAGGCUGGCAGGGGCGCUAAAGGGGCACCUGAUGACCAUCCUUAGUGCAGCAGAUGGCGGCUUCUGAAGUUUGUCAGGGGACCCACCUUCUAAAUGACUUCUUAAUAAAUUAGUGGCCCCUAAUGGAA